AUGGUGCACAACGCUGCUGCCGGAAUGUCGGGAUUGCCGCCUGGAGCAGUCCAGCAAAGGAUCGAAGAAUGGGCAACUCCCACCAAAAGCCCCCAUGAACGGUUAGCCCUGCUUUCCGAAAUGGCGAAGAAGGAGAUUCGCAGGGCUCAGAUUGACUAUCCAGGUAUGCCAGCGCUGGAGCAGGCAUUCGUCAAGGUUCUCGAAGAAACGCUGUUCUAUAGCACUCCAGAUAGCAUGGAAUCGCUACGAAAAGUCGCAGAGAGCCAGUUUGCCGCGGAUAUUGAGACUCUUUCUUUCUGUGGAUUGCAAUUUACGACCAACACAGCGGCUCAGAAGAAGCACUUCUAUGUCGGCUCUCAGAAACUGGCGUGGAAAGAUGUAGUACAGCAUGGCCAAGAACAGUCUCAAUUUCGAAAGUCAGGCAAGUACUUGAAGCAACUCACUAGCCUGCUAGCUCGCUUCCCUCGUCUCCGCAAUAUUAGCUACUAUCCUAUACCCCAGGGUCAAGAUCUCGGCCAUUGGACUGACCGUACAGUCUGGUCUAACUUGUCGGACUGGAAACAUGGAACGAAGAGCAAAGUCAAGUCUUGGGAGCGCGUUGACGAGCACCUUUACAGCAGCGACUUCUCAGCGCCCGAUUUGAAGGAGCUUUUCGCAGCCUUGAGCGCAUCGAAUGUAACUUUGGAGACUUUCGCAACACCUUUUGCAGGGAACGUAGCAUAUUGGCACUCCAUCAGCGCCCAUAAUCUUCUGUCAAUUGACGCAUCGCACCGUGCAUCAGUCUUGAAGGAUCUGAAGCAUUUCAGUUGCAACAUCCAGCAGUUCGUAGAGGGUGGUGCUGUAGUGCAAGAUCUACUUCGUUCGUCCCCUAAUUUGGAGACUCUAGACCUCUCACUUUUUGCCGACCACGUUCCAGAGCAGAGGUAUAUCGAGGACGAGGAAUUCAUCAAUCCGUUCAUGAAAAACCCCCUGGGGUUGGGCACCGUUCCUUUGCCGAAGCUCCGGGAUCUACGCUUGACGUUUGACCUCGGGCUGUACACGCGGGUAGAAGACAUCCUUCGUGUUUUCACAGAAGAAGAAAACGGUCUUCGCGGUAUCCGCAAGCUAGGAUUGGCCUACGUAACUCUCUCAAAGGGCAAAAUUCUUGAUUUGGAAACAUUAUGGAUUAUCAGUCCUCGCGAGGGAAGCAAUGCAGGGCGUUCGAUACAGGGGUCAACCAUCCCAAAAGAAGUCCUGAAGAGUGCGGCGAAAACGGUGAAAGUUCACCACGAUUUCAAGCCCUUCGAGCAUAAUUGGAUCAGGAAGGGAGAGCACGCUCUAUACCAGAGCUUUACGAUCUUUGAGUAA